UUUCUCAUUAUUCAUUUCUGGAAGAUCUGUAACUCACACAAAUCGUUUUCUCUCUCUAAAAAUAAAGGUCUAGAGUUUCUCUCUAGAAGCCAUGAGCGACCUCGUUGAGGCCUCUACUACGACGUUGUCUGAGCCGAAGGACCCGACCUCUCUGAUUCACCCGCGGCGGGAGCCAUUCGAGCAUGGCCUUCUCCCAAUCCCCAAGCUGAUCUUCACUGACCCGACCCAAACCCUAAUCCCACUCAAACAAAAGCUCAUCGAACAGUCCUCGCCGAGCCACCGUGUUGGUUCGGCCGCCAUAUCCGAGGCUUUUCAGAUCUCCACUGACCACGCCCGACUCGUCCUCGACACACUUGGGUCGAUUCUCCAUUCCGACUCCGACCCGCUCGUGAAGGCCAAGCCGGAUGAGAUAGACGCCAUCGGGGCUGAUAUCCAUGAUCUGGUUUUGUUCCUCUACAUACAAUCCUACAAGAGAUUGCUUCCCAGGACGCAUAAGGACUCGGCUGCUGUAGCUGAUGUCUGGCCUUCCACUUCAGCUUUCGAUGGGUACUUAUCGGCUCUCUCGCCAUUGCAGCUUGUGCGUAGCAACAGCCGUCGGUUUGUGCCAUCACAGGCUGAUGAAGAGGCGCAUCAGUUAUCAUAUUUGCAGAAGCAUUUGGCUAAUAUUCUCUCUCUGUUAGUGGAGCCUGUGGAGGGGGAAGGAGAAGAAUCCCUGGUUUUGACAAUGGAUAGGUUUGAGCAUCUUGGGUUUCUUAUUCAAUUUGGUGAUAAGGGAUCGGAGGAAAGCCACUUGAGCCAAUCUGCUCCAUUUUUUGCAAAUUCAGAUCCCGAUAUGCCCGCUGUUCCUGUUCCUGCUGCUCAAGUCCAUGACUGGAUUUUGCAGAAUAUAGCUUCUACCUUGGAACAUAUUUCUGACAGGAACAAUCCAAAAGAUAAUGGGCUUAGCAAUGCCUCAGAUCCAGAUGUUGCCAUGACUGAUGCUUGCGCAAGUUCAGUCAAGGCCUCAACAAGUACCAGAGGUCCUAGUUUUGUUGAAGGGAUCUCUAAAACAUCUCUUGUCAAGCAACCAUCUGAUCUUAAAGGUUCAUCUGUAAAGGUAUUAAAUUGUCAUGAUUCUGUUAUCUAUGUCUUAGCACCUUUGAGGUAUGCUACCGUCUAUGGUUGCUCUGAUGCUACUAUAGUUAUUGGAGCUGUUGGAAAGGCGGUAAGAAUUGAACACUGUGAGAGAGUUCAUGUGAUUACAGCUUCUAAAAGAGUCUGCAUUGCUAACUGCCGUGAGUGUGUGUUCUUCCUUGGGGUGAACCAGCGUCCACUUAUGGUUGGUGAUAACCAUAAGUUACAGGUAGCACCAUACAAUACAUUUUAUUCUCAGUUGGAGGAGCACAUGUCUCAAGUUGGUAUUGAGGCUACUAUCAAUAGAUGGGAUGAGCCUUUGGCCCUUGGAGUGGUUGACCCACAUGAUUCAUUAUCUCAUCCAGCAGGUGUUUCUGAUGUUCAGGCUGAGUCAGCAACGCGCAUAGACCCUGAUCAGUUCACAAACUUUUUGAUUCCCCGCUGGUUUGGUGGCGAAUGCCCAGGUUCCACGAAAGACAACCCAUUUCCUUUGCCAGAUCCUUAUUUGUCAUCUCAGAGUAGAAAUCUAAAGACUUUAGGAGAGAUAAAGCAACAACUGAGAGAGGCACCUCUUGAAGAAAACCGGAAACGUGAAUUGUCAUGUGCACUCCACGUGUAUUUUAAAGACUGGUUAUAUGCAUCCGGAAAUAUCCGCCAGCUUUACUGCUUACAAGGAGACUAAUAGGAUUGAAUGGCGGUGAAACAGCUAGGAUGGUACAGAAGUUUUCUGUUUUCAUCUUUUUAGUCCCCUUAAAGUUGAUCUUUUGCCAUUUAUAUGGUACCGCAUGUAGAUGAAAACCAACAACGCAUUUCAGAAUGGUGCCAUCUUUUAAGCAUUUGCAGUAUUGCAACUUGCGCAGAGUGGAAUUAGAAGUACAUUUCCUAAUCUCGUUGUAAUAUUUUUGAAAGAAGGUAAAUUACAGUAAUAUGUUGUUAAUCUUGAUUCACAGCCAUGUGAAAUUUAUUCUCUCCCUUUUUUUUUGGGUCUAGAAUGUUGGUUUUUCAAUUCUUGACUCUCCUCCACAUUUGCGAGGAUUUAUUCAAGUUAAUGUUCCAAGAGUAAA